AUGAUAUCUCAAAGAUCUUCCAUAAAUAUAAAUGAAUUAAAUGGUCUAACUUUGACGUCUUCACAGCCUAUUGAUCUGGAAAAGAUUUCAACUGUCAAAACAGAAAAAUAUGAUGUAGAAGUAGGCGGAUUAGGGACUACUAUAAUGCCUCAGAAGACAAAUGUUACUAUUGCGAGUAUUGUUGAAAUGCCAAAGGAUUCUUUUUAUGAUACUAUUCCAGACGGUGGAUAUGGAUGGGUUAUUGCGUUUAUAGGGUUUCUUAUUAACUUUGUUAUGUUUGGCACAGCUUCUAUUUGGGGUGUCUUUUCACAUGCUUGGGCUACAACUAUUCUUAAAGAUAGGGCUACUACUGUUCAGCUUAUGGGCGUUGGUACAACGCUUGUUGUUUGCUUAAAUAUCUUCACUCCUAUAAGUCCUUUGUUAGCUCGUUUAGGUGCCCGUAUUACAAUGAUGUUAGGAAGUAUUUUAAUGUCACUUGGUAUUAUUUUGGCUGGUUUCAGUACACAAAUAUGGCAUUUAUAUUUAACACAGGGUGUUCUUUUUGGUAUUGGAGCAUCUUUAGUUUAUAUGUCUAUUGUUGCUGUAAUUCCUCAAUGGUUUACUACAAGACGCGGUACUGCUAUGGGUAUUAGUUCUGCUGGUUCAGGAUUUGGUGGAUUGGCUUUGAGUCCAAUGGUAAGCUCAUUAGUUGAGAAAUAUGGUCUUCCUUGGACUCAUCGCAUUAUAGGUUUGAUGGCAUUUGGUAUUUGUGCGGUUGCAUCAAUGUUGAUUCGUACCCGUCUGCCACCAGAUCACAAGAAACAACCUAUACGUUCGCCUAUUAAACUUUCUAUGUUAAAGGACUUCAACUUUGUUUUACUAUUAUGCGGUUUAGUUAUAUCUCUCACAGGCUAUUUAGUUCCUCUUUUUUAUUUGCCAAAAUAUUGUGCAACAUAUGGUAUUAAUGCAACAAAUUCAUCAGCUAUUGUAGGUGUUGCAUGUGCAAUGAACGCCAUUGGUCGUCUAAUACUUGGCUAUAUUGCAGAUCGUGUUGGACGUUUAAAUAUGUAUGUAAUCUCGUCUAUUUUGUCUGGCCUUUUCUGUAUGCUUAUUUGGCCCUUUGCUAAAACAUACGGCUCAUUAAUGGCAUUUGCUGUUCUCUUUGGUUUUACAUGUGGUAUUUAUUAUGCUCUUGCUUCACCUAUCACAGCCACUGUUGUUGGCAUUGAUAAUAUCUCUUCUGGUCUUUCUAUUAUGUUUGUUGCCAGUGCAAUUGCUGGAACAGGCCCACCAAUUGCUUCUGCUAUUCAACAAGCUACUCCUAAUGCAGGUUACAUCGGCGUUCAAAUGUUUGCUGGCGCUGUAUAUAUUUUCGGUUCACUUCUUUGUGUAGCCUUAAAAGUUAAAAUGACUGGCUCUUUAUUUUCUGUGAUGUAG